CGGCGGCAUGGAGCGCGGCGCGGCGGCGCUGAUCCGCGAGGGCUGGUUCCGCGAGACGUGCCGCCUGUGGCCCGGCCAGGCCAUGUCGCUGCAGGUGGAGGAGCUCCUGCACCACCAGCGCUCCCGCUACCAGGAGAUCCUCGUCUUCCGCAGCACCACGUACGGCAACGUCCUGGUCCUGGACGGGGUGAUCCAGUGCACGGAGCGCGACGAGUUCUCCUACCAGGAAAUGAUCGCCAACCUGCCGCUCUGCAGCCACCCCGACCCCCGCAAGGUGCUGAUCAUCGGCGGCGGCGAUGGGGGAGUGCUGCGGGAGGUGGUCAAACACCCGACCGUGGAGUCCGUGGUGCAGUGCGAGAUCGAUGAGGAUGUGAUCCAGGUAUCUAAAAAAUACCUCCCAGGGAUGGCAGUGGGGUAUUCCAGUGCUAAGCUGACCUUGCAUGUGGGAGAUGGUUUUGAGUUCAUGAAACAAAAUCAAGAAGCCUUUGAUGUGAUUAUCACGGACUCGUCUGACCCCAUGGGUCCUGCAGAAAGCUUGUUCAAAGAAUCUUAUUACCAGCUGAUGAAGACAGCCCUGCGAGAAGAUGGGAUUCUCUGCUGCCAAGGUGAGUGCCAGUGGCUGCACCUGGAUCUCAUUAAGGAGAUGCGUCAGUUCUGCAAGUCUCUGUUCCCGGUAGUGGAAUACGCCUAUUGCACCAUCCCCACGUACCCCAGCGGGCAGAUUGGCUUCAUGCUCUGCAGCAAGAACCCCAACACAAAUUUCCGGGAGCCCGUGCAGCAGCUGUCGCAGCAGCAGGUGGAGGAGAGGAGUCUGAAAUACUACAACUCUGAUAUUCACAGGGCAGCAUUCAUUCUGCCAGAGUUUGCACGGAAGGCCCUGAGUGAUGUGUGAGACCCAGAUGCUGCUUCCUUCCUUCAAGCUGGACUCUGAGAUCAUCAGUGAUGUGGCUGGGAUCUUCUCAGCAGACUGCAGAUUUGCUCUCCACUGUGUGGGAUUGUUUAACCCUUGGCCAGCCAACAUUCCCUCUGAUGUGUUAAAGAUGAUGGGGCAUAAGCCAGAUAAGACUAUUGAAAAGGUCCAGUGACUUAUUGUGUGAGGUCAAAACUGUUCUUUCCAGUGCUGGAAAUGUAAGAUGUCUUUUUCCUUUCUCUCUUCCCUGCACCUGUUCUAAAUUCUCCCAUCCGAACCACACCCCCCACCCCUCCAGCUGACUGAUGUAUUUAUAACUGACACAUAUUUCUGUCUGGGAAGAGUCCAAAGGGUCCCUGACUCAGCCUUAAGCACAGAGAGAGAGAAGGAGAGCUUUGUGCACAGUUAGCUCACUCUCUCCUCACGGGAGCUCCCUGCUGCUGACACAUUUUGACUGGUGACAGGUCUGAGCCUUUGUGUCCCACUGCCCUGCAGCACAGCCGGACAAGUCACAGUGCAAACUGUUGCCAUUCAAAACAGGUCUCCCUCCAACCCUGAUGGAGUAGCAGUAUUAAACACCAGCCAGGCAGGCUGGCAGCAGUCUUUUUUGGUUGUUAAUUUUUUUAAUUGAUUAGAAACAGAGAUGCUGAGGUGCCAAGAGGCU